CUUCGCCAUUUUGUACUGCUGCGCCGGGUAUUUAUCUGAAGAGUCGUGACUAUCCUGUUAACACUGCUAGUUAGGUGUUGAGACGGUUCCUGCUACACUCGGUUUCUCCUUUCAAGCCUGUGGCCUUCGUUAGGUUUCGCGAAGUGCGAUUUUAAGAGUCGACAUUCCUAAUUAAUUUUGUAUAUUUAGAUUAUUUUUAUAUUUUGUGAGAAAGAAUGUCGGCCGAAGCUCCUGAAUACUCUCCGUUCUUCGCAGUGAUGGGUGCCUCUGCGGCUAUGGUGUUUAGCGCCUUGGGAGCAGCCUAUGGCACAGCCAAGAGCGGCACAGGGAUAGCCGCCAUGUCCGUGAUGAGGCCGGAGCUCAUCAUGAAGUCCAUCAUCCCAGUGGUCAUGGCGGGUAUCAUAGCCAUCUACGGCCUGGUAGUAGCAGUGCUGAUUGCCAACAACAUCUCAGAGAAGGUCACCCUCUACAAGAGUUUCCUCCAUCUGGGAGCGGGGCUGAGCGUGGGCCUCAGUGGGCUGGCAGCAGGCUUCGCAAUUGGCAUUGUGGGCGACGCCGGCGUGAGGGGCACAGCUCAACAGCCGAGGCUUUUUGUGGGCAUGAUCCUCAUCUUGAUUUUCGCCGAGGUCCUGGGUCUCUACGGGCUUAUUGUCGCCCUGAUUCUCUCCACGAAAUAAACACCCAAGCAUCUUGAAGAUCUGUCCUUUAUGUUGCUGCUGGAGAAAAAGUGUAAAAAUGUCUGCCACUCAAGAUGAAAGAAGGCGGGGGAAAAAAUGAAUUAAAAAUGGCUCCAUAAAUAUGGUCUUAUCUCAACAAUGUGUACAGUUGUCCCAAUUUGAUAGUCAACUUGUAAAUGCGCAAUGUAGUGAUUUUUGUCUGUCUUGUGCGUGUGUAGGUGUGUGUGUGUUCCAAAAUUGUAUGAUGCAGACUCCUUUUUUUUCCCUCCACUUAUUUCAGGCCUUGAGGCCAGCUGAGGCAGCUUGGCCUCCGGUCUUAGAGAGCUGACCAAAGGGCCGCACAGCUUUUUCUC